AUGAGAAAUACUUUCGCAAUAGCUUUACUACUCCUAAUCACAUUAGAAGUUUCUUCUCUAAAAGUCUCAAUAAAUAAAGAGAAUCCAUCUAUGAAAAUUGCUUUCCCUCGUACAUAAUCGGCAAACACAACUUUUGAUAUAGAAUUUUCUAAUUCUCUUUUUGAAUAUUAUUCUGUAGAACUGAUGCAAAUUUCUCCAGAGGCUGCCGAUAUUGCUUUAUUGUAUAUGGAAUCUUAACCUUCUUUUUUAGAAGAUGGAGAAUUGAUCUAUGAUGAUAUGGAUUAUGAUAGGUAUUUUGAUUUUAAUUAUCAUUAGUUAUGCUUAAAAAAAAAGGGAACACUUUUUAUUAAUUCCUAGCUCUAUCGGAUAAGUGUAUAUAACUAUUUUGACUAAUGUUUCUAUCUCAUUUGAUAUAGUCAUUUCUGGAUCUCAAGAAAAAUUGUGCCCAAAAAGAUGUAGAGAUAAUGGGAAAUGUAUUGAUGGUAUUUGUGAUUGCAUCAAACCAUUCAUUGGAAGGGAUUGUUCUAUCAAAGCUAUGGAAAUUCUAAGAAAUACUUAAAUUGGAGUUGGUAGUUCUAAUGAUCAUGAUUUCUACUUUUUCUAUGAACAGGAUGGAUCAUAAAAAUUACGAUUAGAAAUAUCUGUAUUAAUUAAUUUAAACAUUUUAGACUUAAGAUUAAUUUGAUUCAGUAUUUGCUUAUCUUCUUGUUCCUGAUCUUGUUUAUUUGCCAACAUCUUUGAUUUAUACUUAAGGUGCAAACAUAACUAUGAAUUAACCAUUUUCAGUAAUGAUUGAUUAAAAAAAUCGUAAAAAAGAAAAAAUAGAUCCUAAUCCAGAUAAGUUAAUUCUUUUUAUACAUGGAAAUACUUUUACAAUAAAAUUAGAUGAUAUUUCACAAGACGAUUCAAAAUAAAAUAAACUAAUAAUAAUAAUAGUAAGUUGUAUUGGAGGAUCUCUUUUGCUUUGUUUCAUAGGAUUUUUCACUAGGAGGGCUUACUUAAAAAGAUAAAGAGAUAAAUAAACACCAGCCACACCUAAUAUUGAUAAUGAUAUAAAAGAAAAAGAUUUAGAAGUACAAACUUAUAAAGUAGAACAUAAAUAACAAUAUGAUGAUGAACUCUAAAUUAUCUCUAAUAAUCAAUUGUAAGAAGGAUAAGAUAACUGCGGAAUUUGUUUGGAAUCCUUAAAAACUACUAAAAUAAUAAGAAAAACUCCUUGCAGGUAUACAUUUCAUAUAUAUAAUAGUCAUAUAUUCCAUGGCAACUGUAUUGAGAAAUGGCUUUAAAAAAAUUCUUAUUGCCCUUUCUGCAGAUUUGAUCUGAAAGUUUAGAUAACCAAAAAAGAAGAGGAACUUAUUCAAGAAGUAUGA